UAUACUAGAAUAGACAGCCCAGGCUUCCGGUUCUAGGCACUUCGGGAGCCGUGGCUUAAGGUGCAGACAUGGCCAAGUCCACACCGCACACAACCAGUCCUGAAAAUGGCACAGAAAUGGUAUCAAGAAACCCCGAUCGCAAAGAUACAAAUCUCUUAAGGGGGUGGACCCCGAGUUCCUGAGGAACAUGCACUUUGCCAAGAAGCACAAGAAGAAGGGCCUAAAGAAGAUGCAGGUCAACAAUGCCAAGGCCAUGAGUGCACGUGCCGAGGCGCUCAAGGCCCUCGUAAAGCCCAAGGAGGUUAAGCCCAAGAUCCCAAAGGGUGUCAGCCAUAAAUUUGAUCGACUUGUCUACAUCGCCCACCCCAACCUUGGGAAGCGUGCUCGUGCCCGCAUGGCCAAGGGGCGCAGGCUGUGCCGGCCAAAGGCCAGGGCCAAGGAUCAAACCAAAGCCCAGGCCGCAGCUCCAGCUUCAGUUCCAGCUCAGGCUCCCAAAGCUGCCCAGGGCCCUACAAAGGCUUCAGAGUAGAUAUCUCUGUCUGCCAACGUGAGGACAGAAGGACAGGUGCCACCCACCCCGGGCUGCCUUCUGCAUGGGGCUGGGGUCCUCCUGUGCUAUUUGUACAAAUAAGCCUGAGACAGAAAA